GCAAUACCGCGCAUGGCUGCAUUGGUCAAAUUGGCGGGAAAAACCUGAAGAAUGUAGUUUACCGAGCAAAAUGGUGUCGGAAGAGUCGUUAAUUUCGUGUCUCUGUGAUUUAGGUUGUGAUGUUCCAGACAAAUCUGUCAUUGAUAGAUGUGUUCAGCUUUGUCAUGCUUAUAACAUUGACGAAGAAACAUUUGUAGAAUUAUGGGUUUCGUACACUGUUUCACAUUCUAUAAAUAUUAGUCCAACGCUAGAUGAUCUUAAUAAGUUAGAAGAAGAAGAACUUAAAAAAGGUCAAGAGAGUUCUAUUGAAACUGUUUCACAUGCAAUAUCUAAUAUAGAAGUGGAUAUACAGACUGACCAAGAAAUCACUAAUAAUGUUUUGGACAUAUACAACACUGGACCAUCUUCUUUGUUGAAGCAUAUUAAAAGAGCGAGAAGUCCGACAACGGAAACCGGAAACGAUACUAAAAUACGAGCGGUGGAUCAAACGUUUUCGCCAUCAACUUAUAGUUCAAAAACAAUUGUGCCUAAUCGUGCCCCAAGUACUCUCGUUAGAGGCAAAGUUCUUUUGAAUUUUGGCCCAGAUGUACACAUUUGGAAGAAACAAAACGAAUACGAUAUAUCGAUCGCAAAGGCUGAUAAUCCUCACGUACCCAAAGAUGUGGUGUACAUGUACGAAAUGCUGUCCAAACAAGGGGCCGCUCUUGCCAGCAAUUGUGAAAGUUUUGGUGAGCGACUGUGCCACAUUUGGAACGAAAUGGGACCCACAGAGGCCAACGUGCGUUACGUGAGAAACGUAAUAUCCGUGAGCCAAACACCGUUUAGAACAUGGGGCAGAAUAUCCACCAUGAUCGAUAAAUCAACUGGUACUAAGGUGGUUAUGCUAGAAGGUUGCAAAAAAUGUAAGGGUGACAACAAUGCGCCUAUUAUUCGACUAGAUCUCAGCGGAAUCAAGCACUAUUCUGUUUUUGCGGGACAGAUAGUUGCGGUGGAAGGUAUUAAUACCGCGGGAAACGUUCUAAUUGCGAAGGAAUUGUUUCUAAAAGGCCACGCACCUCUAGCAGCUACUCCAAAAUUAUUAAAAGAUUUGAGAGUGUAUGUUGCGGUUGGUCCAUUCACACCAUCUGACAAUUUAAACUACCAGCCGUUAUGGGAUCUCAUGGAACGCGUCGUAGAUGAAGAGCCGAAUAUAUUGAUCUUGAUUGGUCCUUUUAUAGAAUAUACGCACUCUGAGAUUAAGAAGUGUACCUUGAAAGAUACUUUUCAAGAGUUUUUUGAUAAAAUUUUGUCGAGGGUCAUGCAAUGUCUACAAGGGAGAUCUACGCGGGUCGUAGUAAUAUCUUCCAAUCGAGACGCACAUCACGAUCCCGUUUAUCCGACGCCGGAAUUCACCAUAUAUACAAACAAAAUUGGAUCAAACACCGCGAAUCUAUGUUCCAUGCCAGACCCAUGUAUAAUAAACGUUGAAGGUUUGCAAAUAGGAAUAACUUCCGUCGAUACUCUCAGACAUUUAGGACAGCAAGAAAUAUCGAAUACUCCCGGCAUGGACAGACUCGGCCGUUUAGCUGAUCAUGUAUUAUCCCAAACAACGUUCUAUCCUUUGUACCCUCCUUUCUCAGGGUUGAACUUUGAUACUACUCUUUGGCAAAAUUAUGCAUGUUUUGAACAACAACCGCAUAUCAUCAUUUUACCCUCCGAUGUUAGAUACUAUUGCAAAAUAGUCAACGAGUGUCUUGUUUUAAAUCCGGAACGAUUGCAGAAAUAUAUCUAUGCCAAGUUGUGCAUACGACCAGCCAGUAACGGGAAAUGGGAUCCAAAAAAUGUAUCCUGUGAAAUUGCGAAAGUUUAAGUUCGAUUUUGUUUACAUUUUUUACCUUCCUUUGUGUUUUACAUUCCUGCGUAUUUUGUUUUAAACACUAGUGCCAAAGAUAAUAAUUAAGAUGCAGUCUUGCACGUGUUUUCGCGUUGUUUGUCAAAGAAUUGACAGUGUGUUCAUAAUAAAAAAAAAAAAUUUAGAUCGCUGCGACUUGGAUUUUUUGAACUUCUUUUUUUUGCGAUAACAUCUGUGGAGUGCAAGAAAACUAAGAAUUUGUUAUUUCCUUGAUAGAGGUCAGCACCAACCGCAUUUGGGUCAUGAUUCUUGCUGUACUCGUACUCGUGUGAUGGCGCCACGAGCACAACAAUCGAAACCGUCGAGUUUUCUGCUUGUAGUGAGUUGUGGAAUCGGCCAUUGCUACAAUAUUUUUCUCGAGAUUGAAAAUCUCCAAGCAUCGAUGGAGAUACGUGGACGAUCGCAGAUCUCGAGGAAUACACUUGUUUUCGGUGGAUCAUAGUUUGGAAAACGGAUAGAUUGGUAGAAGAUGGCUUAAUUUUGUGCACUGCAUCAGAAACGCGACACAGAUAGAUGAAACGAGAACACCAGAAAGCGAGAGUGCCAUAUCGAUCCGUUGUCUAGGCGCCAGAGAUCCUCGAGUCGAUUCUGCAGAAGGAUUAUUAAUGUUAGUACCCAAGGAUCCGAGCCCAAAGAUGACGAGCGAGAAAAAGAAGUAAUUUCAAAUGCCAUUGGCGAACGUACAGGAUACUCGAGACGUUAUUAGUGAAAGAACGCCGUUCUCAAAUUAGCCGGAUGAUAGUCGCGACAUUAUUAUGUCGACUCGUUAUUGCGCUUUCUUUUAUUGGAUAAACUCGCCACGAAAACGGAGAGCACAGUUGUUACCGAAGCUCUCUUGCCUUGACCGCGACCCAGGGUCUUCAUCCUCGGGAGGAAUCGAUUCGUUCUCUGAACUUCUAAUUCUGUAACCGCCUACGCGUGGACGUGUAAUGUUGCCACUUCUCGAUCAUUGUAAUAAUUCAGGGUCACGGCGAUAAACUUGUUGCGAAAACUGCGCGUGGCUACUUAUAUGUAGCCAGGCGGUUACGUUUUGUCUGUUAACUGCUUACUGGGAAAAGAAUUUCUAGACUUACGUUGAACACCCCUUUCUCAUCGAUGACACAGCGAGAUGCUCUAAUUUAUAGCAACGACUCGCGAUCGACGAGCCUCAAAUUAGAAUAAAGCAGCAGCACGAGGGAAUGUUUCUUUUUCUUCAUCUCGCCGCCGCCGACCAGGUUUCUUUCUUGCUUACAUAAUCGACCUGUUUAAAAAGAGGUUGGGCGAGACUUGCGCGCGCACCUUGAAAAUUUCGAUAUUACAUGGUGCGUCUCCGACACGAAUGAAGAACCGUCAGCGGAUGGAGGGGGGCUUACAGGCUUCCGCCACAUAAGAAUUGCAUUAUCGUUUCUUGUAUCUCUAUUUAUCGGAUUGGCGUCAGAGGCGAGUUAAGUAGUCAAUCACGAAUUUCGAAUAAUGAAUAAAAGAUAAACAACUUUC